AUGAAAGACCCCUCUGCUGUUCCACAUGAGUCGUAUCAGUCCGGAGACUUCCUCGUUGGUGGAGUUACUUCUCAGAUCAUUUCCAUUUUUGACAAAUUUCCUUUCAAUAAACAUCCCUCACGGGAGCUCAUUCAUUUAUCAAGGUCCUUUAGCUUGGUAACAAAGUUCUACCAGCAUAUCUUGGCCUUGGCCUUUGCUGUAAAUGAGAUCAACCAGAAUCCCAGGAUCUUGCCCAAUAUCACCCUCGGAUUCCACAUCUAUGACAGCUACUAUGAUGCCAGGAUGACCUAUCGGACCACUCUGGACCUGCUCUUCAAAUGGCAUAGAUUUGUCCCUAACUACAGAUGUGACACCCAGAAGAUUCUAAUUGCUGUCAUUGGUGGGCUUGGCUCUGAUAUUUCCUUCCACAUGGCAGACCUCUUAAGGCUCUACAAGAUUCCACAGCUCACAUAUGGGUCAUUUGCCCCAGAAGAGAAUUAUACAACAGAGUUCCCUUCAUUUUAUCGCCUUGCCCCCAGUGAAGAACAUCAGUACAUUGGGAUUAUCCAGUUACUUCAGCAUUUUGGGUGGACAUGGGUUGGUCUUUUUGCUGUGGACGAUGAGAGUGGAGAACAUUUCAUGAAGACUCUGGAGCCAUUGCUUUCCCAGAAUGGAAUCUGCUCAGCUUUCACACAAAGAAUUCCCCAACGACAGCGUAUUAAUAAUAAUUGGAGUGACAUUACUGAUUUGAUCUCAAAGAUCUAUCUGUUUUUUACAGAGAGCAAAGCCAAUACAUUUGUUCUCUAUGGAGAUGCAUUAACAAUGAUAGGGCUGCAUACUUUAAUAGAAGACAUAAGCUCAUCUUUUGGAAAGGUGUGGAUCAUGACAGCCCAGAUUGACUUAGUAAUCACAAGGGCCCACCUCAGCUCAGAUCUUCAACAGUUCCAAGGUGCCAUUUCCUUCACAAUUCCCUCAACUGAGUUGCAGGGUUUUGAGCAAUUUCUUCAGAACAUAACAUCUUGCUGGACACAAGGAGAUGGUUUUCUCAAGGCCUUCUGGGAGAAAGCAUUUGAUUGUUCCUUUCCGAAUCCUAGUAUGGAAGCCAUGAUCACUAGAACAUGUACUGGGCAGGAAAGCCUAGAGAGCCUUCCCCAAACUCAUUUUGAAAUGCGCAUGACUGGCCACAGCUACAGCAUCUAUAAUGCGGUCUAUGCUGUGGCCCAUGCUUUGGAUACAAUGUACUCAUCUAGAUCUAUUUCCAAAAGAAUGGUGGGGAGUAAAAGAGUUCAGCUUCAGGAAAUCCAUCCUUGGCAGCUCCACCCAUUUCUUCAGAGUAUUAUAUCUAACAACUCAGCUGGAGAAACUCUGUCCUUUAAUGACAUAGGGGAAUCAGGAGCUGGAUUUGACAUAAUGAACAUCAUCACAUUCCCAAACAACUCCUUCCUUAAAGUGAAAGUUGGAAGAUUGGAUCCCAAUCUUGAAGAAGGAAAAGAAUUAAUCAUUAAUGAGGAAUCAAUUACAUGGCCCAAAGGUUUUAACCAGAUUCUGCUGCUUUCAGUGUGUAGUGACUCCUGCCAUCCUGGUUAUCAGAAGAGAAAGAAAGAAGGGGAGAAAUUUUGCUGCUACGAUUGUCUUCUGUGUCCAGAAGGGAAGGUUUCCAACCAAAAGGACAUGGAUGACUGCUUCAGAUGCCCAGAAGAUCACUAUCCAAACAAAAACAGAUCUGGAUGCCACCCCAAACUUAUCACUUUCCUUUCUUAUGAAGAACCAUUAGGGAUCACUUCAGCUUUUGUUGCUGCUUCUCUUUCUCUUAUCACAGUUUUGGUGCUAGGAACCUUCAUCAAGCACAAAAGUACCCCCACCGUCAAAGCCAACAACCGGGACAUCACCUAUGCACUUCUCAUUUCCCUCCUGCUUUGCUUUCUCUGCUCUUUGAUGUUCCUUGGACAACCUACAAAGGUGACCUGCUUCCUCCAACAAUCUGCUUUCGGCAUCAUCUUCUCAGUAGCUAUUUCUUGUGUGUUGGCCAAAACCAUCACUGUGGUUGUAGCUUUCAUGGCCACCAAACCAGGUUCCAGCAUGAGGAAAUGGUUGGGGAAAAGACUGGCCAUCUCCAUUGUUCUCUCCUGCUCCCUUAUUCAAGCAGGCAUUUGUGCUGUGUGGCUAGGAACCUCUCCCCCAUUCCCAGAUGUGGACAUGCAGUCACUGAAUGUAGAGAUUAUAGCAGGAUGUAAUGAAGGGUCUACCAUCAUGUUUUAUCUUGUCCUAGGCUACAUGGGACUUCUAUCCACCAUCAGCUUCACUGUGGCUUUCUUAGCUAGGAAGUUGCCAGACAGUUUUAACGAAGCCAAGUUCAUCACUUUCAGUAUGCUAAUGUUUUGCAGUGUUUGGCUGUGUUUCAUUCCAACCUAUCUCAGCACUAAGGGGAAAUCCAUGGUGGCUGUGGAGAUCUUCUCCAUCUUGGCCUCCAGUGCAGGGUUACUGGGUUGCAUCUUUUCUCCCAAAUGCUACAUUAUUUUGCUGAGGCCAGAGCUGAACAACACAAAGAUGCUAAUAAGGACAACUGGGCAGAAACUGCCCAGGUCCAUGUAA